UCUCAUGGCCGACCGUCGAGGCUUCUCGCGGCCGAGAACUGCCGGACCGCCACCACAACUACCGUACAUACCGGCGCCGCUGCAACCACCAAGCUUAUUGCCGUCGCAACCACCAGGCAUAGAGACCCUGCUUCACAACACUCUCUUGUACUCGACUUCCGGAAACCCUAACUUCAUUAUCCCUUCCAGAACCUUCGCCGUUCCGCAGCCUCCCUUCGGCUCCACAGCCACCACCCCCAAUGGCCUCCCUUUACCAGUCGGGGUGGUGGGGCCUGUUGGUUCCUCUCAGUUCUUCGGAAAUCCUAAUUCUAGUUUUAGCCCCACGGAUGCUGUUGGCGCGUCUUUUCGUCCCUCGCCAACAUCUGCUGGCGGCGUUCCUCCGUCCUGUCCCGGUGGUACCCCUGGCCUUCGCUUUCCUAAUUCUAACCAUAGAGCUAAGAGCAAGGAGGUUCUUGAUGCAAUUGACCGUGCGGUCCAGGAGGCUCAGCAGGAGGUCCUGGCUGCCGGGGAGUGCGUAUCUACUUGGAAAAUCACGCAGGCUGCACUUCUUAGGCUCAGCGCCGACUCUCUCGAAUCGCUUGGGUUUCAUUUUCAGGAAAUUCCAACGUUAAGGAAGAUCAUGUCGUUGGAGUCGAAGGUCAAUGCAUUUAUACAUUGCUUUGUUGCGGUGAGGAGAAUAGUUAGUCUGCAUGAUCUGGACGUUGAAAUUUGCAAGAGAGAAGGUGUGGGGAAAUUUGAAGAACUUGGGAUGGGUUCAUUGCUUCGUCAACCACUCAUUAAACAUUACUUUUCAGUUCCUUCAGAUACGAAAGAAAUUUUCAAGAUUUCAAGCGACCAGAUAAUUUAUUACCUUUCUGAAUUCAUAAUUACUUGUAAAGAAAAAGAUAUCCCCAUCAAUAAAUUUUUGGAAUUCAUGAUGGGGAAAUUUUCGAUUAGUACACCAGAAAAGCUAUGUAUACGGAUCCAUGGUCUGGGGUUGUAUAUUUCUUUGAUUAAAGAAGCAAGGAAGAGUGAAAGAACUGCAUAUGAGAAAUUCCUUCAGACAUUAAAACAUGACUUUGAUGCACGAGCCCACAAUGUUGAUAAGGCAAGACCACCUUCCAAAUAUACUCAGUCACAGAAACAAAAACUUGACAAACGAUUCAAUGCCAUGUCUGAGCGUAUCAUGUCAUUUUCCUCUAUCAAUAAGGAUUUUAAGCCAAAACAUAUAAGAUUUGUUUCUUCUAGCUCAGACAACUCCAGUGAUGAUGUUGAAGAUGAUGACAGUGAUGAAAAUAAUUAUUCAUGUGGAGUUGAGGUAAAAUCAUCUGGAACUAAAAGUAGCUGCCCUUAUCCAUCAGCAGAAGAGGAGAGGACACGGCUUGGACUGAAUGCUGGAAAUCAUGGUUCAAAUGAUGACAGUCUGAAAAAUGGAAAAUUCUCCGGUAAGAAGAGAAAAUGUGAUGGUGGUGUCAAUAAUUCUUAUUCCAAAAAGAAGACGUCUGAAAAGGGUAAAGCCGAUGCAGUUGUAUCUGACUUCAAAGUGCGAACUGACAAAAUUGUUAAGGCAUCUGGGGUGAAAAUUCUCCAGAAGAAAGAUGAAGACCCUAAUAAUUUUAUGGCCUGCAAAGUACCAGAUGAACAGGAUAUUUUCGAUCUCACAGAUAAAUCUCUUCAAAAGUUCAUCACUACCUGGAAAGAGUCUUGUAGAGAGCAGUCCACUUUAGAGGUUUUCAAUAAUAUGCUGCUCUUCUACAAGUUAUCAUCUAGCCAAAGUGAACACAGAAAGAUCAGGAGGCUAUUUUCCUCGUAUCCUGGGCUUGGCUUGCUAAAUGUUGCGGUGACUUCGAUGAAGCGAGGAAUGUGGGAUAGUUUAUAUGAUUCAUUCCAAGUUAUUGAUGUCAAUGGACUUACCAAAGAAAGAAGCACUCGGUCCAUUGAAGCCAUAGAGGUGGAACCUUCUGCUAAGUGUGAGGUGCCAUCGAGCGGAAGUGAUCACUUUAAAUCACAUGAAAUUAGUGUUUGUGCUGAUGACAUAUGUAAAAUGAUCAUUGAGUACUUUAGUUUUGAUAGAUACAUGCAAGGAGAAAGGACUGAUGCUUCAGAAAAGAAAUUAAUAUCUUUGAGAGGGAUUCUGGGGUGUGAGACAUGGAUCGCAAAAAAAUUUUCUGUUGAAAAAUUUGCUCUUUUAGGCUAUGGUGAAUUUAUUGAAUUCUUAGACAAGUAUAUGCCUUCAUUUUCAUCUGAAUUUUGUAAUCACCUUCUUGGAGGGGAACAUAAAAGGAAUCCUAUUUCAGUUUCUAUGAAUAAUGAACAGUUGUCAGAAUUUAUUUCUCAGACCAUGGCUGAUGUAAAUAGCAGCAAUAUUUUGACCACGGGAAGCGUCUCCAUCCUUCUUAAGAAACAAUUUCCUUCAAUGAGUUUGCAGGUAAUGGGAAACAAUUCAGAUGAGUUCGUAGAUCUUUUGAAACAGAAGAAACUUCAUGCUUCUAGAAAUGUUGUAUAUUCUGCUGCACUAUUGGAAAGUUCAUCAUACCUUGUUGAUUCUUUGGUUCCUAGAAAUGGUCUUGCACCCGACCCAGAUGGUAUGGUUGGAGAAUUUAAACAGAAGGUGGGCUCUCAUGGAGCAGCUUCUGGAAAAGAUGCUAUCGAGUGCUUACUUAAAGCACCCAUGUUCUCAGAUCUUCUUGCUUGGUCUCACUGGGACAUCCUAUAUGCUCCUUCCCUAGGACCUUUAUUGGAAUGGCUGUCAAGUGAGUGCUACAAUAAAGAUUUGCUCUGUCUAGUGACAAAAGAUGGGAAGGUUAUCCGGAUUGAUCAUUCAGCCACUGUCGAUCAGUUCCUUGAAGCUGCAAUUCAUGCUUCCUCCUUCAAAACAGCAGUUAGUUUUUUGUCCAUUUUGGCUUUGUAUGGGGGGAUGCAUCAUGCACCGGUGUCCCUUUUGAAGUGCCAUGCAUGCCAUGCAAUUGAAGUAAUACUAAAGAAUGCCAAAGAUCUCCAGGAAGUUAAUUGCAAGUACAAGUUCUCUGUUCUUGGUAAGCCUUCUCCAGGGUCAAGUAUCUAUGAGACUUCCAGUUACAGCUCUUUCACGUUUGAAGGAAGUCAUUCAAAAGUUAAACUAAAACAUGCUUUAACUGAAAAUAUAAAUAAAUUAGAUGAAGGAGUUACUCUGGUUGCUAGGUUUAUUCUGGAUUUCCUAUUUUAUCUGCCAUCUGAAUUUCGUGCUUGUGCUGGUGAGGUCUUCCUUUCUGGUUUGCGUUCCACAAUUCCAGAUGCUUAUUCAGUCAUUUUAGAUGAGUGCUUACAAGUUGAUCAGUUUAUGAUGCUUCACGACCUUGGCCUUUCACUUGGAAUAAUAGACUGGAUUAGUCAUUACCAUGCGUUCACCACUUCAGAACAUCAUGCUGUUUCCUCUGAUUGUCAUACUAAUAGAUACUUCAAGGAUCCUGCUCAUAGUGCAGAUCAUGCAUGUGAAAGAUUUAAUGGAGCUGUAUCUAAGGGAUUUCCAUUUGCCGAUGAGGAUGAAUCUCAUACUGGAGCUUGUAAUCUGGACAAUGGAAAGGAUAUGAGUGCAGAUUGCAUUGUGAAACAUGGUCAUGAUCUAAUUCUUUCCUCAAAGUCAGCUAAUGAAGAAGAUGCCUAUUAUGUCAUAGAAUCCAUUCGAAGGGAAGAGUUUGGACUAGAUUCGAGUCUCGCUUGUGCAGAGGCUAGCUUGCUGAAAAAGCAGCAUGCCCGUCUCGGCCGAGCUCUAUGUUGCCUCUCAAGGGACUUGUAUUCACAGGAUUCACAUUUUAUACUUGAACUGGUUCAAAAUGCUGAUGAUAACAUAUACUCCAAAGACGUGGAUGCUGCACUUGCUUUUAUUCUUCAGCCCAACGGAAUUGUUGUACUGAACAAUGAGGAAGGUUUUACGGCUGAGAAUAUCAGAGCACUUUGUGAUGUUGGAAACUCAACCAAGAAAGGAUCUGCUACUGGAUACAUUGGUCAUAAGGGUAUUGGCUUCAAAUCUGUGUUUCGGGUUACAGAUGCUCCUGAGAUUCAUUCAAAUGGAUAUCAUGUCAAGUUUGAUAUAAGUGAAGGCCAGAUAGGUUUUGUACUACCAACAGCUAUUCCUCCUUGUGAUGUCAACCUGGUUGGAAUGCUUGUAUCUGCUGAUAAUCAAGCAGAUGAUGCUUCCUGGAAUACUUGCAUUGUGCUUCCUUUCAAGCCAGCAUUUCAAGAAGCUGCUGCUAUGAGAGCGAUUUUGUCAAUGUUUUCGGAUCUCCAUCCUUCUCUGUUGCUUUUUCUUCAUCGCCUCCAAUGUAUAAAACUGAAGAACAUGAUAAAUGAUUCACUUAUAGUGUUCAGAAGAGAGAGAGUUGGUAAUGGCCUUGUUACUGUUACUCAUGGAGAUGAGAAGAUGACUUGGUUGGUUGUCCAAUCGAAGCUGAAGGCGAACAGUAUCCGUCCUGGUGUACAAACAACUGAGAUUGCACUAGCUUUUACCCUGAAAGAAUCUAGUAAUGGAGAGUAUGUGCCACAACUAAUUCAGCAACCUGUUUUUGCUUUUCUCCCUCUUAGAACAUAUGGCUUAAAAUUCAUUCUUCAGGGUGACUUUGUGCUGCCAUCUUCUAGAGAGGAAGUGGACGGAAAUAGUGCUUGGAAUCAGUGGUUGCUAUCAGAAUUCCCAGGCUUAUUCCUUAUUUCAGAAAGAUCCUUUUGUGAUCUUCCUUGCUUUAAGGACAAUCCAGCAAAAGCUGUAUCAGUGUAUAUGGCAUUUGUUCCACUGAUGGGCGAAGUUCAUGGUUUUUUCUCCAAUCUUCCUCAAUUCAUUAUUUCAAGAUUACGCAUGUCAAACUGCCUUCUUUUAGAUACACAGGAUGUUGAAUGGGUUCCUCCUUGUCGAGUGCUAAAGGGCUGGAAUGAUGAGGUUCGGCUACUUUUGCCUGAUAAGCUGUUGCAUGACCAUCUUGGGCUUGGUUAUUUGCACAAGGACAUUGUUCUUUCAGAUCCACUUUCAGAGGCACUUGGUGUCCAAAGUUACGGACCCAGCAUCCUUAUUGAUAUAAUGAGAUCUGUAUGCACCAAAGAUGAAGUGAAAUUAUUGGGUCUGAAUUGGUUAGUUUCAUGGUUGUGCAUUUUGCAUGACUCCCUAUUAGUAUGUUCUUCUGACUUCCAAAUUGCUUUCAACAGUCGAAAAGAACCUCACUAUAUCAAUGACCUUAAAAGAAUGCCAUUCCUUCCACUCUCAGAUGGUUCAUGCAGUUCACUUUCUGAAGGUCCAAUUUGGUUACCUUGUGACAUGCUAUUUAGUGGUCAUGAAGAUGAUCAGCUUUCCAAAUGUUUCCCCACUCUGUAUGCCAAGCUUCGUACUGUGAAUCCUGCCCUUUUUACCGAAAGAAUUAGAAAUUCUGACACUAAAGAAUCGCAGCUCUCUAUCCUUGUACAGAUGCUUCUCAAAAUUGGAGUCCAACGAAUGUCAGCACAUGAAUUGGUUUGGACACAUAUCUUGCCCACAAUUUCUGGUGGUGGGGUACUGGGCAAGGAGAAGGAAUUGAUGGUCGAAUACUUGGUAUUUAUAAUGCACCAUAUGCAAUCAUGCAGCAGUUGCAAGGUUGAAAGAACUGACAUAAUAGCAAAACUGCAGAAGGAAGCUGUUGUUUUAACAAACAAUGGUUUUAAAUGCCCUCUUUUGGAACCAGUGCACUUUGGGAAAGAGUUCAAAAAUCCUGUUGACAUGUCAAAAUUGAUUGGAGACUUGGAUCUUAAAUGGAAUGAAGUGGACUGCAUAUAUUUGAAUCAUUCUGGCAUUCAAUCUCUUUCACUUGGAGUUGAAAAAUGGAGGGAGUUCUUUGAGCAGUUGGGUAUAACUGAUUUUGUGCAAAUCAAGCAUGCAUGUGGGAAUUCAAGUAAUUCAAAAUGGUCAGCAAACCUGGAUAUGGUAGCGAUAAAUGUUGAAGAUUGGGAAUGUCCUGAGUUGUGGGACUUAUUGUCUGCCUUGUCCUCAAAAAAAGAUCGGGAAAAGUGUAUGUAUCUUUUGUCUACUUUAGAUAUGCUUUGGGAUGACAUCUUUGGAGCACAAGUGUCAGGCUACUGUGCUUCCAAUUCAGUUGCUGAGAAAAUACAAACCAAAUCCUGUUUCCUCAAAAGCAUACAUCAAUUUAGGUGGAUAGCAUCUAGCUUGGAUAAAGAACUCCAUUUUCCUGCUAAUAUGUUUUACAAUUGUGAAGCUGUCCAAUCUAUUUUUGGAGCACAUGCACCAUAUGCUGUUCCACAGGUGAAUAACAGAGGACUUAUGAACGCACUUGGAUUCAAGAUUCAAGUUACAAUUCGUGAUGCUCUGAUGAUGCUUCAUUCUUGGCAGGCAUCUAAGCAUUUCAUUGCCAGCGUUGGACAAAUGUCAAAGUUCUAUUCAUUUAUUUGGAAUGAGAUCUCUAGGGGGAAUAUGGCAGAACUGGAGCUGUUAUCAGGUCCCUUUGUUUUCGUUCCACUUACUAGUUCCUCCAACAAUGAUGAGGUCAUAGCUGGUGCCUUUUUGUCUCCUCAAGAGUUAUGUUGGCAAGAUCCGGCUGGUGCUAUGGACCUAAUAAGGGAGUUAAACUUUGAAAAUGCUUUGAUAGGUCGCUCAAAAUAUGCUUCCUGCUUGAGCUUAUGUCAUGUAUACCCUCAUCUUCAUGACUUCUUUGUAAAACAGUGUCUUGUAACUGAAACACCCAAAUUUGGUGAUUAUGUGAAGAUUCUUAGAAAAUUAUCAAGUUGUGCAUUACCUUCACAGGCAGCUGCAUGUGUUUUACGUGUUCUUCAGAAAUGGGCUGAUGACAUCAAGUUCGGAUUGGUGGGGCCCACAGAAAUUUCUCAAUUGAAAGAAUGUCUUUCUAGAUCUGAAAAUACCGUGCUUCCUACAGUGCAGGACAAAUGGGUUUCCCUCCACCCAGAUUUUGGGUUUAUCUGCUGGUGUGAUGAUGAGGACUUGAAGCAGCAAUUUAACGACAAUAAUAUAUAUUUUUUGUAUUUUGGCCUCACAAAUAAUGAAGAAAAUAAAUUAGUGCCUGAAAAGCUUGCAGCUUUCAUGCAAGCUGUUGGUAUUCCCGCCCUAUCAGAGAUAGUUUCUCGUGAAGCAGUAUUCUAUGGUUUGAUAGAGGGUGAAGGAAAGUUCCCACUUAUUUCUUGGCUUCUUCCAUAUGCACAACGUUAUCUAUACAGAUUUCAUCGUGAAACAUAUAGUUCACUAAAAAAAUCAGAGUUCCACAGUCCAAGUCAUCUAAGGGUUAUCACAGUUGAAAGUUUGUUUUAUAGGCGUGUUCUGAAAGGAUGUGAAAAUACUUCAAAAAAGAGAUUUGAAUGCAGCUGUCUUUUGCAGGGGAACAUAUUGUACGUAACCAAGGCUGCAGAUUAUCACUCCAUAUUCUUGGAGCUUUCUCGCCUUUUCUUUGGUGGUUCUUCAGAUUUGCACCUUGCAAAUUUUCUCCACAUGGUCACAAGCAUGGCUGAAUGUGGAAGUACUGAGGAGCAGAUUGAGUUAUUUGUUGUCAACAGUCAGAUGGUUCCAAAAAUUCCUGAUGAUGAGCAGGCCUGGGUUCUAGAUUAUCCUUCAUCAUCGCAGGUCCUGAAUACUUCAAUUCCAUCAUUAACUUUGCCGCCCACUGUUGAAGCCUCUUCAAUUUCAAAACACAAGCUGUUGAAGCCUGGAAUCAGUUUGCAUUGGCCCCCUACAGAUUGGAGAACAUGUCCAAGCUUUAGACGCACACAUGAACAUGGUGAGCCUGAUACAAGUAGGCCAUAUCAAGCAGAUACACUGGAAGAGAAACUGACAAUUCAGAUUGAUAAUUUACUGGCAGAGUAUGACUCCUCAACUGCGUAUGCUGCAUCAACAUCAAAAAAUGUACAUCAUACUGAAGGUUUGCUGGAGAUGGAGGCUCCAAAAGGUGAGCAGAAGAAGAAACAAGCUUUCCAUUCAACUGAGUUACUGAUUGGAGAUACUACUUUACAUUUAGACACUGGUUCCUCAACAUUUAAUGACAGAGAUCAGCUUCAGACUGGAAAUCCAAGUGUUGAGCAUACUCAUAGAACAGGAAGGAUUGGUGAACUAAUUGCAUUUAAGUACUUCACGGAGAAGCAUGGCUAUUCUGCAAUAAAAUGGGUCAAUGAAGAUGUGGAAACAGGUCUGCCCUACGAUAUUAUGAUCACUGAGGAGGAUGACUCUGUACAAUAUAUUGAAGUUAAAACUACUAGCUCUCCUAAAAAAGAUUGGUUUGAGAUGUCAGCAAACGAGUGGCUUUUUGCAGUGCAGAAUGGUGAUUCGUACAGCAUUGCACGUGUUGUUCUUAGUCCACCGGAACAAGCAAGGAUCUCCCUGUUUAAGAAUCCAGUGAAGCUUUGUCAGAAAGAUGUAUUGCGGCUGGCUAUUUUGAUGCCUAGAAAUCAAUAGGUUGGCCAUACACCCGUUUUCUGCAGGAGGAUGGUCCAUUAUGCCAUCUGUACAGGAAACUUGCCGGCAUGUCAGGUACAAUUUAUUUUUUUCACGGAUUAUCACUUCACUCGAUCGAAUGGUGCUGCAAUAGCCAACAGCCUCCAGUCUAGUUUAGUGAUACAUUUUCAUGUAUAUUGCAUCAUUUAUUAUAUGGGCUGAAUAAUAAUAGGCCGCAACAUGAUUUGAUUUUUUUUCUUACCCUGUAUAUAGAAGUAUAUGUUAUCAUGAGCGAGUAAUUUUUGGAAACUACACAAUCCAUGACAUGAUCUGGAUUGUGUGUGUAUUAUUUCUUUGGUGGAUAUCAUGGUGAAUGUUAUUAGAUUGUGCAUGUUAUGCACUUUUUUUGAAAAUUCAGAGAAUCAAAGCAAGUGUAAACCUUGGUGUUCGGUGCUGGAACUAGGCAAACAAAAACUAACAUUCUAUGUUGAGUGGAAAUCCUUACGAUGUUUAUUUGUUAAGCAUUUUUUAGGUUUGGAGGAUUUUUCCAGUUCGAAUCAGUCCUUAGAUAUGUGCAGUAUUUCUCUUGAGGUUGCAAACAGCCGCUAUCAUUAAAGUUGUGUCAGA